AUUCAUUCCACCAACAGUGUGCGUCUCCCUGCUUCUCCAAAGCGAUGCUGUUCUCCAAAACGCUAAAGCAGCAUUACGCACGGAGAUGUACAGCAGGGGACGACUUUGGUUCGUGGGUGCCCUGGUUUGUGAACUGUAUUGCUUCUGCGAAUAUUCUCGGAACUUCGUGGGCUCGUCGGAACUAUUUAGAGGACCUGUAAUGAAGGGUUUGCCAUUUGAGGAGAUGCGUUUGUGCGGGAGCGUUACGCGCAAAGUAUCGCCAUGCAUCAGUGAAAGGCAGCGCACCCAAUCUUAGCUGUUUUGGAAAGGAAACGGGUGCAAAACAACAAACAUGAUACGAAAGGACAAGUUGGAGCCAGAAUGGAGUUAACCCAAUUAAAUCUGUCAGUGGAAAACGUUUCCAACGAUGUGAACACCACGGACGCACCGCUCGCCUUGCCACAUACGGAGGCAGCCACUGCCCUCAUCAUCCUGGUGGUGAGUGUGAUCAUUUCGGUGACCAUUGUCGGUAACGUGUUGGUGAUUGUAGCGGUGCUGACCAGCCGGGCUCUCCGUGCGCCCCAGAACCUUUUUCUGGUCUCUCUGGCAUCAGCGGACAUUCUCGUGGCCACACUGGUCAUCCCCUUCUCCCUCGCCAAUGAGGUCAUGGGCUACUGGUACUUUGGGAGUACUUGGUGCGCCUUCUAUCUGGCUCUGGAUGUGUUGUUCUGCACCUCAUCCAUCGUGCACCUGUGCGCCAUCAGCCUGGACCGCUAGCUGGUCAGUGACAAAGCGGUCAGCUACCAAACCUGAAGGCGACACCUAAGGGAUUCAUCCAUUAUCGCUGUCGUGGUGGAUAAUAUUGCUGUCAUCUCCUUCCCUCCUCUUCUCAUGACCAAACAUGACGAACGAGAGUGCCUGCUAAACGAUGAGACCUGGUACAUCCUCUCCUCCUGCCUGGUGUCCUUCUUCGCGCCAGGUCUCAUCAUGAUUCUGGUUUACUGUAAGAUCUAUAAGGUUGCCAAGCAGCGCUCCUCCACCGUGUUCGUGGCCAAGAACGGCCUGGAGAGGCAGCCCUCUCAGUCCGAGACCUGUUUCGUCAGGAAGGAUCGUUUCGAGAUGGAGAGCCCCAGUAGCCAGAGCUCCGGCAGCCACCAGCAGAGGCAAGGGGAGCUGGAUGACAUCGACCUGGAGGAGAGCUGCUGUCCGUCGGAUACUAAACCCCGCAAUCAUCGCUUCACCAAGCGGAGGAAGGUGGAGGGGUCAGACUGCUGCCCUCCUCAGAACUGCCGUCUCUCCUGGGCUUCGGCUCGGGCGUUACAGCUCUACCCGGAGCAGAAGAACCCAGCUGCGCGACAACAGCUGGCCGCGGCCAACAAAACCAAAGUGGCCCAGAUGCGGGAGAAACGUUUCACCUUCGUGCUGGCGGUAGUGAUGGGGGUGUUUGUGCUUUGCUGGUUCCCUUUCUUCUUUACUUACACCCUGCAUGCUAUCUGCAGAGACAGCUGCUACAUCCCUGGCGCACUUUUCAACCUUUUCUUUUGGAUUGGCUACUGCAAUAGUUCUGUAAACCCCAUAAUAUACACUAUUUUCAACAGGGAUUUCAGGAAAUCCUUCAAGAAAAUCAUAUGCAGAACUUCUAAACGCACAUGAACACAGAAAGGGUUCCUGGGACAAAUCUGUUUUGCCUCUUACUCAACAGUGCUUGGGAGAAAUUAUAUUAUUAAAACUCAUUCUUUUGGCUGACUGGUUCCCCUCCUCAAAAUCAUUUUAAUGUAACUACUAUCAUAUUGAAAAAAAAGUGAUCCAGUGUUGUGUACACAUUUAAAAGUCUAUAAAUAAAAUGUAAAGUUGAGCAAAACAAAAAUAUUUUAGCGCUUCAGUGUUGCAAGCAUCAAACAUGGUCAGUUAUUUAAUCAUUAGAUAUAUUUUUGCCACUUGGGAUAUGCAAAGUUGCAAUAUAUAAGGCACUGUAUAAUAAGUCCUGGAAAUCUGCACCUUUGAUCAAGAAAUCCCUGUAUUGAAUCAAUGUUGUAUGCUGCAGCAAGCAUGGGGAAAGAGCUACUUCAGAGUAAAAUUAAAGCCAUGAAGGAAGCUGGAUUCCAGUGCUGGUGGCUGGUUGUUUUGUGUUGAGAUAAAUAGAAGAUUAAUCUAUAAGAUAUGAGCAUGGGGACAAGCAGGUAAGCUGUGGAUGUGUUAUGGUGGAAAAGAAGAAAUUAAAUCUUAUAGGUCAAACAAGGUUUGUCAUCAAGUAAAGCGUGUUGGAUGGUUGAAAUGUGUGGCUUUAUCACAGGUUAUUCAGAUACAUUUAUCAUUGCCUGCUGCAGGUAAAGCUACAGCGGGGCUCUCAGCCAUUCAUUAUCAGUGAACCCCCAAACUUACGUAAGAGUCUAAUCUCACAGCCUCACCACACCAUCGCACCACCUUGCACCAGAACAAUGGCCAAGCUGCAGCCUGUGUGUGCUAAAUCCAUUGCAUAAAUCUGUGUAUUUCAUUUCACUACCUCACAAUACCUCAGUGUUUUGUAAGUAAAUAUUUAUACCCUGUGAGAUCACAAUUCUGCUAUACAACCUGAUUUCAGUGUCAUGGGACAGAGAUCAGGUGGGGUUACAUUGGCAAGCAAUCAUUACUUUCAUUGUGUUGUAAAAUUCUCGUUUAAAAUUUUCUUUUUAAAUAAAAUGUUACUGGGAAGGUGAGAAAAAGAAAAGUGCAGCAGGUUUGAUUGACUGAAUAUGCCAGAGAAAGGAUGCUCACAUGUGAUAUAACCAAAACACAAACAGUCCGGCUCACUCAUUUCUUAAAAAUAACAUCUCUGGACACAGUUAUUGCAGGUAGAGCUGGACUUUCAUCCAGCACCAAAUCUCCCUGGUUCAACAAGAGAGCUUAAUAUCUACGAGUCAAGCCUCAGGCUGUAAUCCUCUGCUGUAUAAAGCUGAAUCAUUAUAGGACAAAGUCCUUCAAAUUAUGAUUUCAACUGUCAUAUAACUUCCCAUCUCUUCGAAAUAUAUAGAAAUAAGAAUCUUCAACCUCUAUGGGAAAAAAUAAAUAAAGCACAGCACUGUUUUCCAACCACAAACUGUGGUUGGUUCAAGAUGCUUUUGAGAUAUAAAGUGUCUGCGAAAUGUUGCAAAUCUGAUGAAGCUUGCACGAGAGGGCCUGUGCUUCUCUGGGAAAACGUUGGUUAGUGAGAAGAAGGCAGACCAGCUCCGUAUCAGCCUAUUGUCUGCAUGGGGUUUGCUGGGGAUAAAUACUAUUUAUAUCCUCUUAGGAAUGUCUUCAAAGCACUCCUACGGCUCUCUGGCACCUUGCCAAAGAUAAUCACCCUGUUUGAGUGGUGUCAUGCUUAAAAAGAAUUUUCUAAAAAGUUCAAUGAAGUGGGUUUUUUUGUAUAAGGUGUGCCUGUAUUCACGAGGGUGUUUGGUAAAAUAUCAUCAAGGGGAAACAACAGUAAAGGUGGUUGUAUCUUUCCUUUUCUCAUUUUGUUCAUGAACAGAAUUAGACAGUCUAA